GUUUAAUACAGGGUCUUGGUCUUUUCAGGUAAUGGGGGAAGGUGCUUAAAAUAUUGUGAUUCUAAAGAUAAGAUUUCGUCCUCGUGUCUAAGGGAAAACAAUUGUGUUAGAACACACUGCCACACACAAUAUGGCCGCCAGGAGAGGCCAGUGAAGUGGUGUGGCAACACUUCCUGUGUUACACUAAAAGACAGGAAGGGAAACAAGUGACAACACUGCAGAGUUCCGCGUUCGGCGAUCACGAGCAACGGGUUGCUAGUGAGAUUGGGAGAAGCGCAGCGCGGUUACGCCCCACCCGCUGUAGAGAAGCACCGUAAUGCGCACGUUCUAGGAGCCACAUGGAGGAUUCGGCCGAUCUCCCCUUUCGGAUCAGCACCACCAUCCGAGCUCUGAGCGCCGCUCUGCGCGCUGACAGUGACGAGCCUGCGAGUUCGAGCGACUCCGAGAGGAGCUCCGGCGAACCCAACAAGCUGUGGUUCAAGGAGAGCAGCGCGCGGAACCUGCAGAACCGCGACUUCCUGUCGCCCGCGUCCGUACUCAGCAAGCUGCACGCGGGGGGACAGGUACCCCCCGCUGUGGCGGAACACGUGCUGUCGGCGCGAGGCGGCGGGGCGCUGCCACUGGCCGGGGUCGAGCUCACGGACGAGGGUCUGCGGGUGCGAGUGGACCGCGCGGCCGUCUUCAGGGAGGUCCUGCGCAGCCUGCCUCCGUACCUGCAGCCCGCUGGGGUUGCCGUCGGACAGGGUGGCCUGGUGCUGAACUGCCCGGCCCUUUACCCCCGGCAGAGCCGCCCGGCGCCGCUGUCCCCCGACACCCUCACUCUGGGGCAGCUGCGCACCGUGCUGCUGGCGGACCACCAGGCUGCGUUACUACGGAAACAGGGGUUCUCCGUCUCCUUCUGCCCGGUCCUGCCGGAGGGGGAUGACAUCAUCCGCUUCCUCGGCUCGCUGGGUGUUGAUUGGCCGACGGGGCCAGAGGGCUCAGCCAAUGACCAGAGAGAAGAAGCCGUGUGGGAGGCGCUGCGGUGGUCCCCUCACAGGGAGCCCGAGGAGAGGAGGAGUGAUGGAGCGGAGGAGAAUGGGGAGAGGCCCGGCGGAGGAGCCGGGCCGGUGAGAAUAAAUCUGAGAGAAGCAGUUCAGCAGAAGAGCCUGCAAGGAUAUGACCCCAACUUGGGCGUGUGCACAGUACAGAAGGACAGUGUCUACCAGUUGGUCCAGCUGGAAGCAGCUGUAUCUGAGUGCAAGGUUCCCAUAGCAACGGUGCUCCACGUCACAACGUCCCAGGAUGAGUUCCGUCAGCAGCAGGUGGAUGUGCUGUGGAGGGUGGGCGGAGCCCAGGUGACGCAGAAACACAUUGUUUGCGGACCAGUAAAGACUCCUGGAUCCCAGCUCAGUGCCUCCCAGUACAUUCAGCUCAGAAGAGCGCAGAUGAAGGAGGCUUCAGAGAUGAAGUAUGGGGAGCAUGUUGAAGGGCAGAUGUGGGAUGACAUCAUCGGGGUCAUGACCUCAGCAACAGUGAGGUUCGAGCUGCUGUCCACCGUCCACUCGAGCCCCGUCACCCUGGACGUGCAGAAGGAAGGAGGCGUGUCCACGAAGGGUCCAAGAGGCGGGGUCUUUGUCAUGUACAACUGCGCCCGUCUACAUACCCUCUUCAGCAGCUACGAACAGGCGGUGGAGCAGGGACUUUACCCUGAGAUUCCAGAUGUGUCUCAGCUGGACUUCUCCUCCCUGAAAGAAGAGGGAGAGUGGCUGCUGCUGUUCAACUACGUGAUUCCUUUUUCUGAACUGCUGGACCAGUUAGGGCAGUCGCCGGAGCGAGGAGGGGGCGGGGCCAGAGUCAGCGUGAGGGCAGAGCAGAUAUGCAGGUUCCUGGUGUCCCUGAGUAAGGACUUCAGCUCCUAUUACAAUCGAGUGCAUGUCCUUGGGGAGCCGAUGCCCCAUUUGUACAAUCAGAUGUUUUGCCGCCUGCAGCUGCUCAGGGCGCUCAGAGAGCUGUACCAUUGUGCCCUGGAUACCCUGCACUUGCCCCCCGUACCCCAGCUCUAGCCACCUUACACGUGGUCCCCGCUGACCCCCUGCGUUCCUUUUUUCUACACUGUCCCGUCCACGGCCUUUAAACAUCCCGCAUCCAUUCUCUCCGAUCGCUUUAGGUACAGUCCUCUACUUAUUCCCCCAGUUUGUACAGUAUAGCUGUAAAAAUGCCAAGAAAUAUUUAUAAGAGGUGAAAGAUAGAAGAUUUUAAGGACUUUAGGUGGUGUCACUAUGUUAUGCCCUGCAGAUACUGUUCAGUGCCACGGAGACUUCCUCUGAAGUUCACACACUGCCACUCAUGCGCUAGGAGUGUGUGCCAUAUGGUGGACACACACACACACACACACUCUACCCCAAGCAGUGUUCGUCGCUGGGGAACCAGGGUGCUCAUUAUGUAAAGUAAACAAGUGAGGAGUUUCCUUUUUAAUAAAUUAGAGAUGAAUACCUUCACGCAAGUGUCAAGGUGUUGUGUUGUCAUGUAGCAAUUAUACUGGAUAAUAAUGGGUUUUAUAACAUUGUCACAAAAAUGAAAAAGGCUUGAUUCUGCAGCUGACACACAAGUGAUACCCCUGCACGCAUGUACUCAGUACUCUCCGGUCCCAGCAGAACUGGGACUUUUGAACUUCGAAUAACGAACAGCAAGAAAAUUAAUGUCUGUUUUACUUUCCUCUCUAUUUGAGCGAGACACGUUGACGGGAUGGGGGCGGUGCAAGAGGACGUGGGUUUGAUCCCUGCUCAGGCUGUGUGGAGUUUCCAUGUUCUCUCAGUGCCUGCAUCGGUUUCCAAACCUGGGUGCUCUGGUUUCCUCCCAACACUCCAAAGACAUGCAGUUGAGGUAAAUUGGUGUCUCCAAAUUGCCCUUAGUAUGUGAAUGGGUGAGUGACUGUGUUUGUGUGGUUACCCUGCGAUGGACUGGCGUUCCCUCCAGAAUGUACCCCCAGUCAGCCUUGCACCCAAUGCUUCCGGGAUAGGCUCCGGACCACUGUGACCCUAAGCAGGACGGUGGUAAUUAAUAACGAGCUGCGGACCACUGCAAUAUUUACGUGACGAAUAGGUCAAGAAUUGGCAUUAAAUGAGUUUGUGGAGGUUUUUAUAUUUCGUCAUUAAUGUAGUUUAAAUUGAAUUUGAAAUAAUACAGUUCCUGUCUUUAUGUGACUGUAUCUUAGGGGUGCAACUGACUUUGGAUUUGCAAACAAAUCGAGUGACACACAGACUUCCCAUCCUGAUUGUGUUUGUGAGCUGAAAAACCGAUGUAAAGAACCGUGUCAUUUUUUCACAAUACGGCCUGCUGCCUUUGGACCCAAAGGUGGCAGGUUCAAAUCCCA